AUGGCACAGGAAGUUGACUGGCUCAGCAGCCAGGCUGGUGUGUGCAAGAUAAACCUCUACAGCCCUAAUACACAUAAAGACCAGGAACGUAAAGUGAUUUGCUUUGUUGAUGUUGCCAACCUGAACUCAAAGGAGAGAGAUGUAGCUACUGGCCCAUCCAAGAACACCUCUGACCCUGCCAAUGAGCUGGACUUGGUGAAUAUGGAAGAGAGGGAGAUCAUCAUAAUCAAGGACAAUGAGCAAAACAGCUACUUUAAUACUGAGGGAGCAGUUUGCCUUUUCAAGCAAGGCUCCAUUGAUGACGACAAUAUUGUCGGCUGGCUCAACAAUGACCUCCAGAAAUAUGCAGUUGGAUUCCAGCAAGCGCUGACAUCCUUAAAAACGCCUCGAAAGAGGGUGCUUGACUUGGCAUCCAGGAACAACAACAACACUUCUUCCAGCGCCGGUAGUGAGGGAGGGAAUUCAGAUGACAUUGCCUAUUACGCCAAUAAGCUCUGCAACUUAGUUGUUGAAAUGACACGCAAGGAGAUCAAGGAGAAAUGGGAAAGCACAGGGAAAUGCACCCGCCAUAUCAUUGGCAACAGGAACAAGGCAAAUGCAGCUGAGAAUAUGGAACGAUGCAAGACACCUCCAGAAAUAUCUAUCAAGAGGGACGACCCAUUUUCAUGUGACAACGACUUCAAGCAACACGAAGCCAUGUAUAUGGACAAAGAAAGGAAAGAUGACAUGGCUUCCAUAAACAAAGGGAUGAUGGUGUAUGCAAAUCAGGUUGCUUCAGACAUGAUGCUGUCUUUCCUGAAGACCAUGAGAGUCCAGAAAGGUAGGCACCCUCCGCCAGCAUGUGCCGUUUUGAAAGAGGUACUUAUGAAGCACACCAGGGAAAUCGUAUCAGACUUAAUAGACUCCUCCAUGAAAAACCUGCACAACAUCACAGGGGCGCUCAUGACAGACUCUGAUUUUGUCUGUGGACUGAAGAGGAACCUUUACAAGGCUGGAACCCAGAAGACCGCAGAGAUUUUGGAAGUCAUGGUGAAGCGCUUGUUUAAACUCAUCUUGGGAGAUGAUAAGCAGUACAGAGCUCAAAACUUCGCCUUUGCAACCUAUAAAGCAGGGGGGGCCCGGGGCCAUUGCAGUCAGGGCAUGCAGUUUGCAUCCAUGAAAAGGGAGUCUUGUGACUAUGGAAAGGAAAGAGCAGGUGGCUCAUGCCCAAGGAAACAUUUUCCAGCAGGAACCAAGGUGCCGGACAAGCAAUCCCUGGAUCUGUAUGCCAAAGAGCUUCUGGUAACAGCACUGCAGCAGAUACAGCAGCACCUGCUGGAAAAGAACAAAGACUGUAGACCUCGUGAUUGCAACACCUCCUCAUAUGGCUACAUUCCCCGUGACUAUGACAGGGCAGAGGGGAGCUGUGGUCCAAAAUUCAGGUCAUGCGACAGAAAAGCAGACCCCUGCCAUUCGGACAGCAUGAAAGAUAAAGGACAACUCAUAAUGUCCAUGGUCCAGAAGAUUUUGGACGAGGCUGGCUUAAAUCUAGAUGAGAACUGUGGGGACAAAAACAGGGGAUAG